UGGCAAGUAAAGAACUCAAAGAAUUUGUUGAACAUGAAACUGUUUUUAGUGGCAAUCUGUUUAUUUGGCGUAGUUGCGUAUAGCAGUGCACAGAUAUUUGGUCGUGGUGAGCCGCGAGGUGCAUACGGACAUGGCCAGCCUCCGCAGCCAAAUGCAGACCAGCAGAGAAGGGCGCAAGAAAUGUUUGGAAGAUGUCAACGCCAAGAGCUAACCACUGAUGCCGAUAUGACUGAAUUUUCGCAACAAAGGAAACCAACUACCAAAACGGGCAAAUGCUUACACGCGUGCCUUAUGGAAUCAAGUGGAUUGCUCGUCAACGGUAAAUUGUCUGUAGAGAAAUCAGUUCAUUUUAUGAGCCAAAUGGCACCGGGAAACAAUGAACUCGUUCGAAUUGUCAAAGAAAUUUCUGAAGAAUGUGCACCGUUGAUGGACUCAGAUCGUUGCGAGCUGGCAUUCAAAAUUAUGGAAUGUACCGAAGAAGGUAUCCAAAAGCGACAAGAUGAAAUGAGAAAAUUCAUGCCACGACGACCACCACAACAACAAUAAAUCAGAAUUUCUCCUCAUUGAUUAUCCAGGAUAUAUGGCCGGUUCACAAUAAAAAAAAUGUUUUUUUAAGAACAAAACUUGGGUUUUUAUCAAGGUUUAUUUUUUUUAAAAAAAGUACAUCAAUCAAUGAU